AAUUAGUUCCCGAGGCCACAUCAAACAACGCGAUCGGUUCUGCAGUAAAUUUAACCAAUUUCCCCAAACAAUCAGCCAUGAUGAAAUCCAAACAUAUUUAUAUUUUUUUGGUGGUGUUGGCGUGUCUUGCCAAUUUCUCGGCUGCCGCAUCUGCCGGAGACUACGAGGAGCUUUGCCGACUAUUUAAAAAUGGUACUCUUAUUCGUAAGCCCGGUACUUGUAACCAGUAUAUCGAGUGCUAUGAUGGUGAGGGGACCCUGCAGACCUGUCCAUCCGACCAGUCGUUUGACUCCAGCAAGUCACAGUGCGUGGAAAAACUGGAAAAUAGUCACCUAUAUUGCGGCAAUCGGUGCGAGGGAAAGGACGGAGUCUGGGUAUCGGAUCCCACGGAGUGCCACAAGUACUUCUAUUGUAACGAUGGAGUUUCAUUGGCGGGCAUGUGUCCAGUGAACCAGCAUUUCAACGAGACCUCGCAGAGUUGUAUGCAUGGACAGGACUCUAUUUGCGUCGAUGUGAACAACAUUUGCGAGAUCCUGCCCGAUAAGACGAAAUUCCGCAAGGAAGACGAUUGCGCUGGCUACUAUGAAUGUAAAAGUGGAGUGCACGUUGAAAACACCUGCAUCACGGACAAGAGUCGUAAAUAUUUCGACGUAGAGAGCGGCAACUGCGUGGAGCCCAACAAGGUCGAUUGCACCGCCCACUCCACGCAGAAGGUUUGCUCUGCCAGCAAAACGACGGUUUUCAAGUCCGACGGUGCCACUUGCCGCGGAUACUUCCUGUGCAAGGCUCUGGAAAUUGUGGAGGAUCUGGAACCCAUCUGGCUGCAGUGCCCCGAGGGCUAUUUCUUUGACGAGGACCGUCAGGUGUGCGGCAAAGCUAAUACAGUGGUCUGCACCCACAACAGGUGCGACGGCCGCGGCACAAGCCUGGUGGCCAGUAGCAGCAACAACUGCCACAACUACAUCCGCUGUGUUGACAACAAGGAGGUGGAGGAGGAGACCUGCCAUUUUGACCAUUUCUUCGACGAGGAAAUCUCAGCCUGCAGCUCCAAGAUCAUUUAUGAUAAGUGCUGUGAUGGUCGGGAUUGA